CCACUUGAUAUCAGCUGCUUUAGGCCGCUGAAGAAGGCGUAUAGUCGCCAGGUCGAGGACUUAAUACAGAUAUAUAUCACCUACGUAAGCAAGCUCGAGUUUCUCUAUACCUUCCACGAGGCAUUCUUUGCCUCGAUGACAGGGAAGAAUAUCCAAGAUGGCUUUACAGGGUCUGGCCUAGUGCCCUAUGAUCUAGAGAGGGUGCUUUCUAAGCUAGAUAUACGGCUUCGUACGCCAAUACCUCUAAACUCGCGGGCUGGCACACUAUAA